AUCCAGAGGUUCGUCAUCAGCAAAAACUUCCCCGGUUCCAAAAUUUCUAGAGGGUCUCUCUUCAACUCGUCAGCUGGACCCUUCAAUCCUCCUCCGCCACCCCAUAACAUCCCUACACAUUAUUCUCAAUACCCAAAACAUAGACGAGUACUUGUCUUGAAUUUGUAGGAGGAUUAUAGAGAUCGGGAUUGAUCUACUGUUGGAUCUUUAGUCGUCUAUCGCACGACGCUGACGCGGCCAGUGAAAGGCUUCAGUCACCACCGAAAUCGUGUACCUAGGGUUCGAUUCAAUCUACAACCCCGAACGAAAGACUGCGCGCAGUGUAUCGACGACUUCGGCCAGCCUCAGGGCAGUCUGAGACCGGAAUUCGGUGCCUUUGCGAUCGUACAAAGCCAAGCAAGGCCUGAUCGAUUGCCCCCUGCCACCACCCCUCCAGCGCGCUUCGAAGCCCAGACAACCCCCUCCACGUCCGACCCCGACCGAAUCGCGCUCUCACCCGCUCCGCGCGACGCCUGGCCGAAGGGAUGCCAUCUUGGAGCACUUCCCGUCUGAAUCUUCCCCGCCGCUUGGGCGAAACUGUAAGCAGCCCCUCCGACUCCAAUUCCAAAGCUUGCAGCACAGGGAGGAGCAGGAGGAGGAACGCACCGGAUGUCCGGUCGCCCCUGAAGCAGUACAGGCCUGCGGCAAGCGAAGCGCUCAAAGGAAGCCUUUCAGUAGGCCCCGUGGCAAUGCAAAAGAUGUCGUUCGAUCGACGACCGUCCCAUAAGGUUCGAAAGGGACUAUUCAAUAGCCGCUUCGGGGGUGGCUCUGGCUCGGGAUAUAAUAAGAAAAGAGUGGAAAAGCAAUACCACAAAAGGUCCGCUAGGUUCAGCAGAAGAUCCAGCCCUAACAGUUUUGCACAGCUCAGUCCACACAAUGGCUACUUGACCUACCACGGAGUCAACCUCCUGAACUCGGACGUCAGGGCACUCAAGGAUGAUUGGUUGACAGACACGAAUAUCGCAUUUUGGGAAGAGUACAUCGAACAUGAGAUACUCCCAAAGUACCCUCAGGCGCGUGUUGCCCUGAUGAGGCCGGUACUGGUGGCAUUGAUGGUGCAGGCGCAGCGCCUCAAGGAUAUAGCCGAUGCCCUACCUGAUUUUCGCCAUGAAACGCAUAUCUUCCUGCCCAUCAGUGACUCGAUAAAUGCUGGCCGUCGCGCCGACACGGGCAGCCAUUGGUCACUGCUCCUCGUUUCCAAGCUGGACGGUGUUGCCUUUCACUACGACUCGUUGAACGACCACAACGACGCCCACGCGCGUGCCGCCGUAGAUAGGCUCUCUCGGCACUUGAGGCAGCCUCUGCGCUUCUAUCGCAUUAUCGACAUGCCCCAGCAGGCAAACUCUAGCGACUGCGGCGUGUUUGUCUGCAUCUUGAUGCGCCACCUUUUGGUAAAGAAGCUCCUCAACGCCAACGCCAAAGAGAAGGUUGCUAUGGGCCUUUCCGGCAAGCAGAUCGACGCGCAUGGGGGCAGGAAGGAGAUGAUAAAGAUCAUCGAGCAGCUACGCAAGGAAGGCGAACGCAGACGCAGUACGGGUGCCUUACCUACGUCAUUCCGCUCCGGUAACUCGCCGCCGUACAUCGACUAGUAGACGAUGUGCGCGUGGAAACCAAGGUCUCAGGCCAACGUCAGGUGAUUUAUAUACGAUUUGUGUGUUUGCAAACUACCAGCAUCCACCUCGGUGCUUAAAAGGCCGUGGUGGCUUAUGCAAGCAUGGCGUUCUUGCGGUUGGUGUUAUGGGUUUGGCGUUGAGGUAACGGCGUUGGGGUAUAGCAGAGGAAUUAUUGUAGUUUCCGUUUUCGCAACCUUGGAGGAUUUCCUUUCGCCCAUCUCGCCCAUCUUAGAUAGGCCAUAUACGUCAUGAGUAUUUCCCUGUGUGUGAACAUAUAUUUUGGUUAGUCCUGUUCCGUUGGAAAUAUCCAUGUCGCCCCAUUUCGAAACGCGUUGAUAUGUU